ACUCUGGGAAUGGCUGCUCAAUGGUCGUAGCAACAACUGUUUCUUUAAUAAAUGCCAUGAGAUUAACCUUGCAUUUAAUUGUGUAAAUAUUAAAGUAAUUAAUUAAAAUGGACGAUCCACGGAUAGAGUGGAUAAGAGAUCGAGUGUAUGAUGCACUUGACAUUCAAGAAAAAGAAGUAUUUGAAGAAAUUCUUGAAAGAGAAGAUGGUGAAUUCGAGCGUAGAUUAGGAAAAUAUCUUAAUGACACACCCGUAGAGGGGGAAACAUCAAUUUUGUUUUACAAAAUUGUCCGCGAGGAAGAAGAAGAAGUUGAAGUAGAAUGUGAACCAGAGAUCCCUGACAUUAAAGAUGAUGAAGAAGGAGGGGAAGGAACUGAAGGGGAUGAGGCACAUGAAGGAGAAGAUGAGGUUCAAGCACUGCCAACAUCAGAACCUGAUGGAGACAGAGAUUCUUCCACUCCAUCUGAUAAAAAAGGUAAAAUGAAAAAGAAAAAGGGCAAUAAAGAUGAAAAGUCACAAACUCCAACUCCACAAGCUGACCACAAUGCAGACAAUGAAACAACUGCUGACACUGAGACUGCUGAUAAGGGAGAAGAAGGAGAGGAAGAGAAAGAACAAGAAAGUGCACCAAAAACAAAAAUUAUCAUCCAAAAAGUGUGGCGCACGUAUCUACAAAUGUGCUACGAACAUCUUCCAGAAGAAAACAAUGAUCAUGAGAGCAUUUAUUUCAUACGCAACACAGUAGGAAUGGUACCAUUGCCUGCAACUUUAUCAGAGGCUGAAGAAAUCCUUCCUUCUUAUUUAGAGUAUGGAAUUUUGAAUGGUCAUUCUCUUUUGAUGUUGGAGCAAAUCAUAACAAAGGUGUACAUGCCAUUACUAUCCUUCAACCAACACAGAAAUGGUGGAGUGGAAUCAUCUACUGCAAUAAAAAACCAGUCCCGUGCUGUAAGCAGGCAAGAAACAGGUACCUCCACAAGUAAAGAAGAGACAGCUAAACAGGAUGUUGUUGAAUCUAAAUCCAAGGCCUUGCUUAGGGAUGAAUUUCUUAUCAACAUGCAAAAAUUUGCUGCAGCAAUUACACGAACAUUGCAGCAAAUUGAAGGAGAGGUUCGACUUGAAGUGCCUGAAAUGGAAAUCCCUGAUAACAUCGAGGAAGCAUUAAAAGAUGAAGCAUUGGUUGAAAUGAUUCAUGAGAAAUGCUUGGAUUGGCAGAAACAAAUCCAGUUUGCUCUUGAAAAUCUACAGCAGAGGAAGCGCCAUGGCAAUGGUCCACUCUCCGAGAUCGACUACUGGAGAGAGAGAAAUGCAGCUCUUAGUGCUCUAGUUGAGCAGCUUAAAAUUCCUUUAGUAGCUCGCAUGAUUGAGAUUCACAUAGCUGCUGAUGGAGACUUUGAGGACACACAAUCUGAACUAAACAAAUAUUAUGUGGAAGCCAAAGACAAUGUCAGGUUUUUAUCAACUCUGGAGAGACAUUUUAAAAACAUCACCUAUGGUGCCACAUUCCAGAUUGUUACAGAAACUAUCCCAUCCAUGAUGAAUGCACUUCGGAUGGUUUGGAUAAUAUCUCGCCAUUACAACAAAGAUGAAAGAAUGGUGCCACUUAUGGAAAGAAUUGCAUGGGAAUUAGCAGAAAGAGUUGCUAAAGUUAUCAAUGUCAGGGAACUAUUUACUCUUCAAACAGAAGAAAUAAAACAAAGAACUUCAGAAGCAAAAAAAAUGUUAACUACUUGGCAAGAAGUUUACAAAGAAGUCAGACAAAAAAUUGAAAUUUCAGGCAGGGAUCAGCGUUGGGAAUUUGACAGGAAACGUCUUUUUGAUCGCACAGAAUACAUGAGUACCAUCUGCCAAAACCUGUAUGAUAUUGCACAGGUUCUUGAAGAGUUUUACAACAUUUUUGGUCCUGAGCUGAAAGCGGUCACUGGAGACCCAGAACGCAUUGAAGAAGUUUUGCUGAGAGUGGACAAAUUAGUUGAGCCCAUUGAACAGCUGACUUUUGAUGCCUUCAGCUUAAAAGAUUCACAACUCUGGAAAAGAAUUAUGUCAAAUUUUUACACAGAGGUUUCAGAAAUUGAAAACGAGGCCAAGACUUUUAUUGAUGAAUCUUUCCAAUCUCUAAGAUCAGCUGAAGGUGCUUUUGAUAUGUUGCUGAACUUUAAACAUCUAAGGUCCCGUGAGGCAAUUAACAACCAAAUGAUGCAAAAAUUCAAAGAUAUCCUUGUUCAAUAUGGAAAGGAGGUGGACACAAUGGAUCAACUUUUCAUUGAGUUCAAAGAAGGUCCACCUCUAAACAAAAACUACCCACCCACAGCGGGCACAGUCUACUGGACCAGAUCCCUGUUUCAUCGCAUUAAGCACACGGUCAUCAGGUUUCUGACCCUGGAGGAAAUGAUGACAACAGAUAUGGGCAGAUCUACCAAAGCCAAGUACCUGUCUGUUGGCAAGAGCAUGAGAGCAUUUGAAGAUUUAAAGUAUGAGCAGUGGAAGGAAAAUGUGGAAGCCUCCUUGCCUGGACUUUUAAAAAGAAAUCUGCUUGUCAAGAAAACAAACCAGAUUGGGUCAGCUUCAGCUUCUCAGCAGAUUCGUAGUUCAGUUACUGCAAUAGGAGAUGCAAAUGAGGAGAGGAAUUCAAUUGGAGAGAUUCAAGGACUGAUGAAAGAGAAAAAUGCACCUACUGAGAUGGCUUUGCAGUUGAUGAACACAGAAACCAAAUAUGUAGUGGACUUUGACUUCAGACUGGCAGAAAUCAUUGCAGAAACUAAAUAUGUGGAAUCCCUGGGAUUCACUGUACCAGAGUUAGCAAGAAAUGUUGCCUUGCAGGAAGAGAAGUACAUCCGCUAUGUUGAUGGCUUGUCCCGAAUGCUCUUCCGUUACCACUCUCUGUUAGCUUCCCUUGAUUAUGCUGAGGCUGCUCUUCUUGAUGACUACCAAAGAGACUUAAGAAGAAUGCUGAGACCUGGUGCCAAGCGCCUCAACUGGAACUCCUUGGGUAUCAAUGACUUCAUUGCCAAAUGUGACUCUGCUAUAGCAAAGUUUGAAUCAUUGGUGAACCAGAUCCAAAAGAAUGCCAGGGACAUCAACCAACGCUUGAAAAUGGUUGAACAUGCCAAUCUUUUCAAGGCUCCCAAACCAAAAUUCCCAGGUCAUUUACCUGGCUGCAAGGAAUAUUUUGAAUACAUUGAGCAAGAGAGAGUAAAAGAUUUAGAGAUCUUAGCCAGGAAAUACAGAGCUAUUGGUCCUUUACUAACAAAAAUGGAAGGCUUGGUUGUUCAUACAAACACUGGCAGGUCACCCAAGCUGGCAAGAUACUAUGCCUUCUGGGAAAGAAAGGUUUAUGAAGCUCUCACAAAGAUGAUCAUAAACAACCUGAUGUUGUUCAGUUCUGCUAUUAAAACCAAUGUUCCACUGUUCCAAGUGGAAUCUCUACUGGCUCCACCAGAUGUUGUAUUGCACCCACAGGCUAAUGAGGUCUACAAACUUACCCUGCAGUGUGUCAGAGAUUGUGUUGAAGGAUCAAAAAGUUUCAUUCGCUGGAAAAAUGGCAGCUGCAUUGAGUGCCCUCCCCAGAAGGUUGAAGGGGAAGAUGAACUUUUUGUGUUCAGUUUUUUCUUGGAUAUUGCAAUGGAUCAAAACAUUAUUGACCUAAUCCAGAAGAUCCAGAAUGACAUCAAAGGAAGCUUGACCAAUGUCAGACGGUACCUUACAAGGUGGAAGAAAUACAGGAGCGUUUGGAAAGUUGACAAGCAUGCCACUGCAGAAAAAUGGCUUCAGAAAAACCCAAGCUCUGUUGAUUUUGAUGACAAGUUGCAGUACCACUACAAAAUAAUUGAAGAGAUCAAUGCAAUGAGUGACUUCAGAGAUCAAGACUGCAUUCGUCUGCACAUGUCCUCACUGGCUAGCUCAGUAAAAGAACAUGCCAAGGAAUGGAUUAAGACUCUGGGCAAACUUCUACAGGACUCUGCUAAAGAGACACUUGCCAGCUUGCACAAGUUAUUAGAUGACAAAGCAGAUGACCUUGAACAAACACCUUCAACCCUGGAUGACCUCAAAUCAGUUUUAUCCACCAUCUCAGACAUCAAAUCCAUGUCACUGGAUGUGAUGAACAGAAUCAGAGACAUACAAGAAAGAUACAGAACAUUGGAAAUGUACAACUUACCUGUGAAUGAAAAAGAGAAAGAGCUCCAAGCCCAGCUGCCUCAAAUAUGGGAUGAAUUGGUUCUGAAAUCUAAAAAUAUUGAUGCCAGUCUUGUCAAGGUCAAGAGGAAAUUCACAGAGAUCACUCAAGAACAAAUAUCAGCUUUCAAAAAGGGCCUGAAUGAUUUUGCUGACAGAUUUUUAUUGGAAGGACCUGGAGCUGUUGGUGAAGACUUGGACAAAGGUGUGGAGCUACUGAAGGUCUACAAAGAGGAAGUUCAUGAACUUGAGUCCAGCAGACAGGAACUGACCAAUGCUGAGAAACUUUUUGAGUUGCCAAUCACAAUGUACCCAGAGCUGCUCAAAGUUCAGAAAGAGGUCGCAGGACUGGAGUCCAUUUACCAAAUAUACACAGAACAAAAGGUGGCCAGAGAACAGUGGUCAGAGACUUUGUGGGUUAACCUCAAUGUGCAAAUUCUACAAGAUGGCAUUGAAGGCUUCUUGAAAACAUUAAGAAAGCUACCAAGAGAUAUCAGGUCCAUGAAUGUCGCCAGAUGUCUUGAGGAAAAAAUGAAAGAGUUCCGGGACUCCCUGCCGCUGUUUGGAGAUUUGAAGCAUGAGGCCUUGAGGGAGCGCCACUGGAAGGAACUCAUGGCAAAAACUGGUCAGAAGUUUGACAUGAACCCAGACACGUUUACGCUGGCGAAUAUCUUUGCAAUGGAGUUGCACCACUUUAGAGACACAAUAGCAGAAAUUGUUACGUGUGCAUCCAAAGAAAUGGGCAUAGAAAAGGGUGUGAGAGAAGUGGAAGAAACAUGGAACAACAUGAAGUUCAAUGUUUUUGCUUACAUGAAAGGAACAUCCAACAGAGGUUUUAUUCUUGGCUCUGUGGAUGAGGUUCUUCAAAACUUGGAUGAUUCAUCUAUGAACCUACAGAGCAUGUCUGCUUCUAGAUUUAUUGGCCCAUUUCUUACAACUGUUCAAAACUGGGAGAAAUCUCUUUCUCACAUCUCAGAAGUUUUGGAUGUAUGGAUGAUAGUCCAGCGCAAAUGGAUGUACUUAGAGGGCAUUUUCAUUGGAGGAGACAUUCGUUCACAGCUGCCUGAGGAAGCUAAAAAAUUUGACCAGAUUGAUAAAACAUUCAAAAAGAUUAUGGCAGAAACUCACAAAACUCCACUGAUCAAGAUCUCGUGUCAUGCUACAAACAGACUGCAAGAUCUCCAAGGUCUGAGUCUUGGUUUAGAGAAAUGCCAGAAGUCCUUAAACGAUUACCUGGACUCAAAGAGAAAUGCAUUCCCAAGAUUCUUUUUCAUUUCUGAUGAUGAGCUGCUAAGCAUUCUGGGAUCUUCUGAUCCAGAGUGUGUACAGGAGCACAUGAUCAAGAUGUUUGAUAAUAUUGCUGCCUUGAAAUUCCAAAAAGGCCCAACCAAUGAAAUGCUUGCAAUGGGCAUGGUAUCUGCAGAGAAAGAAGAAAUGGAUUUUCAUAAUAAUGUCACAGCAGAUGGUAGAGUUGAAGAUUGGAUGACAUCUGUUUUAGCAGAAAUGAGAUCUGCAAACAGACUUAUCACCAAGGAAGCCAUUUUUUACUACAGUCACAAAAAGAGCAGAGUUGAUUGGAUGUUGGACUACCAAGGGAUGGUUUGUCUUGCCGGCAACCAAGUGUGGUGGACUUGGGAAGUUGAAGAUGUUUUCAGGAAAGUGAAGAAAGGUCAGAAAACAGCCAUGAAGGAUUAUGCCAAAAAGCUGCACAGGCAAAUUGAUGACCUUGUUGUCAAGGUGAGAUCGCCUUUAUCAAAGAAUGACAGGUCAAAGUUCAACACAGUUUUGAUCAUUGAUGUACAUGCUCGUGACAUCAUUGACUGCUUUGUCAGAGACAGCAUCAUGGACUCACGUGAGUUUGAAUGGGAAUCUCAGCUGAGAUUUUACUGGGAAAAAGAGCCAGAUGAGCUUGUGAUCCGACAGUGUACGGGAGAGUUUGGCUAUGGCUAUGAGUACAUGGGGCUUAACGGCAGGCUAGUCAUCACACCCCUGACAGAUCGUAUUUACCUGACACUGACACAGGCCCUAUCAAUGAAGUUAGGUGGAGCCCCAGCAGGACCUGCAGGUACAGGAAAAACUGAAACUACAAAAGAUCUUGCCAAGGCCUUGGGCUUACUGUGUGUGGUCACCAACUGUGGAGAGGGCAUGGACUACAAGGCUGUUGGGAAGAUCCUCUCAGGGUUAUGCCAGUGUGGUGCCUGGGGUUGUUUUGAUGAGUUCAACCGCAUUGAUGUGUCUGUACUGUCUGUCAUCUCCACACAGCUUAAAACCAUUCAGAAUGCUCUGGUACUGAAUCUCAAGAGAUUUCACUUUGAGGGUCAAGAGAUAGACAUGGAUGCAAGAGUGGGUGUGUUUAUCACCAUGAACCCUGGGUAUGCAGGCCGCACAGAGCUACCUGAGUCAGUCAAGGCUCUCUUCAGGCCUGUUGUUGUCAUUGUUCCUGACCUGCAGCAAAUUUGUGAAAUCAUGCUGUUUUCUGAAGGCUUCUUACUGGCUAAGAUUUUGGCUAAGAAAAUGACAGUAUUGUACAAACUGGCAAAAGAACAGCUAUCCAAACAAUAUCAUUAUGACUUUGGCCUCAGAGCUCUGAAAUCUGUGUUGGUUAUGGCAGGAGAGCUGAAAAGAGGGUCUCCAGAUUUAGCAGAGGAUGUAGUGUUGAUGAGAGCUCUCAGGGACAUGAACCUGCCAAAGUUUGUCUUUGAAGACGUUCCUUUGUUCCUGGGACUUAUCUCUGACCUCUUCCCUGGGCUUGACUGCCCCAGGGUCAGAUAUCCAAACUUCAACGACGCAGUUGAGCAAGUCUUACAGGACAGUGGCUAUGUCCUGUUACCACACCAGGUGGAUAAAGUGGUCCAGAUGUACGAGACCAUGCUGACCAGACACACUACCAUGAUAGUGGGACCAACGGGGGGCGGCAAGUCAGUGGUCAUCAACACACUCUCACAGGCUCAGACCAAGCUUGGCAUUUCAACCAAACUGUUUGUCAUCAACCCCAAGGACAGAUCUGUCAUUGAACUGUACGGCAUCCUUGACCCUGUCACUAGGGACUGGACCGACGGGUUACUGUCAAACAUUUUCAGAGACAUUAACAAACCCACAGACAAAAAUGAGAGGAAGUACAUUGUCUUUGAUGGUGAUGUGGAUGCAUUGUGGGUAGAAAACAUGAACUCUGUUAUGGAUGACAACAGGCUGCUAACUCUGGCCAAUGGUGAAAGAAUCAGGCUGCAGAAACAUUGUGCCAUGCUGUUUGAGGUGUAUGACCUGCAGUAUGCUUCACCUGCUACCAUCUCACGUUGUGGUAUGGUUUAUGUGGACCCUAAAAAUUUGGGCUAUAAACCUUACUGGCAAAAGUGGGUCUCCACAAGAUCUACAAAGCAAGAGCAGGAUGACCUCAAUUUGCUGUAUGAAAAGUAUGUGCAAAACUGCAUUGAUCUUGUAAUUGAUGGAAUUCAAGAUGGAAGGCAAGGGGAGAAACUGAAGACAAUUGUACCAUUGACUAACUUGAACAUGGUCAACCAACUUAGCCAGAUGCUGAAUGCUCUGUUGAUCAAAGAAGUUGGGGAUCCAAUGGAACUGGAGGCCUUCUUCCUGCAAGCCCUUAUAUGGUCAGUUGGGGCAGGGCUACUUGAGGAUGGGCGCAUCAAGUUUGAUGGCUAUGUCAAAUAUCUCGCCUCGCUGACCCAGGUACAGGAAGAAAACAAAUAUGCUGGCCCAGGUGAACUUCCAGGCCAGCAAACAUUGUAUGAAUAUUUUUAUGACGGAGAGCAAAAGAAAUGGAUUCCCUGGUCCAAACUGGUGCCCAAGUACAAGCACAAUCCUGACCUGAAGUUCUAUGAGAUUUUGGUUCCCACAGUGGACACUGUUAGGGCUACCUGGCUACUUGAGCUCAUGGUUAAGAUCAAACGACCUGUGGCAUUGAUUGGUGAAACUGGAACUUCUAAGACAGCCACCAUUGCCAAUUUCCUGAGGACUUUGGACCAAGAACAACAUCUCCUUCUGAACAUGAACUUCUCAUCCCGAACAACUUCCAUGGAUGUGCAACGUAACGUCGAGUCCAAUGUUGAGAAGAGGACCAAGGACACCUAUGGACCACCCCCAGGGAAAAGAUUGAUUAUCUUCAUUGAUGAUAUGAAUAUGCCUCAGGUUGACACAUAUGGUACACAACAGCCAAUCGCAUUACUGAAGCUCUUGCUUGAAAGAGGUGGAUUGUAUGACAGAGGCAAAGAUCUCAACUGGAAGAACAUGAGGGACAUGGGCUACAUCGCUGCCAUGGGCAAAGCUGGGGGUGGGAGAAAUGAGACUGACCCUCGCUUUGUCUCCCUUUUCUCUGUCUUCAACAUGACAUUCCCUGAUCUGGAGUCUUUGUUCAAGAUCUACAACUCCAUCCUGGAGGGGCAUCUGUCAGGAUUCUCUGCAGAGUUGCAGGCCUUGUCUUCAAAAAUCACCAACAUGACAAUGGAACUUUACAACCACAUUGUGAAAGAGUUGCCACCCACGCCAUCCAAAUUCCAUUACAUUUUCAACCUCCGAGACCUGUCCCGCAUCUAUAAUGGCCUCUGCCUGUCAACGCCUGACAGGUUCAUCAAAGAGGAGCAACUCUUGAGGCUAUGGCGCAAUGAGUGCCACAGAGUUAUCAGUGACAGGCUCAUUAAUGAGCAGGACAAAGAGUUGAUUUCUAAAAAGUUAACCAGCUUGUUGGAAGAAAACUACAAGUCCCAUUUAGAAUAUGUCAACAGAGAUCCCUCGCUCUUUGGGGAUUAUCGCACAGCUUUAGAUGAGGGAGAACCAAGACUUUAUGAAGACAUACAAGACUACGAGGCAGCCAAAGGAUUGUUUCAGGAGAUCCUGGAAGAGUACAAUGAGAGCAACACUCCCAUGAACCUCGUUCUGUUUGAUGAUGCACUGGAGCACCUCACUCGCAUUCACAGGGUGCUGAGGAUGGACAGAGGUCAUGCCCUCUUGGUUGGUGUUGGUGGUAGUGGCAAGCAGAGCUUGUGUCGCCUGGCAUCUUAUGCAGCCAACUGUAAAGUCUUUGAGAUCAUGCUCAGCAGGGGCUACAGUGAAAACUCUUUCCGUGAAGAUUUGAAAGUCCUCUACAACAGGCUGGGCAUUGAGAACCAGAAGAUUGUUUUCCUGUUCACUGACCAGCACGUCGUAGAAGAAGGUUUUCUGGAGUUGAUCAACAACAUGUUGACGUCUGGCAUGGUGCCAGCUUUGUAUGCUGAUGAAGAGAAGGAGCCAAUCAUAAGUCAGCUGAGAGAUGAAGCUUUGAGGGCUGGAGCAGGUCAUGCUAAGGAGAUGAUCUGGCAAUACUUCAUCAACAAAUGUGCCAACAACCUUCACAUUGUCCUGGCCAUGUCCCCUGUUGGAGACACCCUGAGGACAAGGUGCAGGAAUUUCCCAGGAACUGUCAACAAUGCAAGUAUUGACUGGUUCUUCCCAUGGCCAGAACAAGCACUGUACGCAGUGGCAAGCGUCUUCAUUUCUUCAGAGAAUCAGCUGAUUCCAACAGACAAGCGUGAAGACAUUGUCGCCCAUGUUGUCAUGGUGCAUCAGUCUAUUGGCGCAUACAGCAUCAAAUUUUUACAGCGGCUCCGCAGAAACAACUAUGUCACUCCUAAAAACUAUCUGGACUUCAUCAACACAUACGUUAAACUUUUGGACGAUCAAGACAAGUUUAUUCUUAGCCAGUGUGAGCGCUUGCAAGGCGGUCUCCAGAAAAUUGCUGAUGCCAGUGAGAUGCUGGCUGUGUUGAAUGAGAAGCUGGCGGUGCAGAAAGUUGCAGUCACAGAGAAGACAGCUGCUUGUGAGGUCCUGCUGGAUGAAAUAGCAAGAGGCACCAAAGCAGCCACGGAGAAGAAGGCUUUUGCUGAGGCCAAGGGAGAGGAGAUUGCUGAGCAGAGCAAAAUCAUUGAAGUGGAAAAGAAAGAUGCAGAAGAUGCAUUAGCAGAAGCUUUACCUGCACUUGAAGCUGCCAGAAUUGCACUAGAUGACCUUGAUAAGCAGGAUGUAACUGAAAUUAGAUCUUUUGCCAAGCCACCCAGGGAGGUCCAGACAGUGUGUGAGUGUAUUGUUGUCAUGAAGGGAAUACGUGAGGUCUCAUGGAAGUCUGCUAGGGGCAUGAUGUCUGAGGCCAAUUUCUUGAGGGCCCUCAAAGAGAUGGAUGUGGACAACAUUGGACAAAAACAGUUGACAACUGUAAAAGGCUUGUUGAAGGAUAUUGAUAUGACACCUGACCAAAUGAAAGCCAUCAGCAAGGCCGGUGCUGGCCUGCUCAAGUUUGUUGAAGCAGUUUGUGGCUAUUGUGCCGUGGCCAAAGAGAUCAAACCAAAGAGAGAAAAAGUCGCCAAAUUGGAAAGAAAUUUCCACCAGGCCAAACGUGAUCUAGAAAAAGUUACUAAAGAAGUUCAGGCUUUGGAAGAAGAGCUGAAAGAGCUAAAUAGUAAAUAUGAGAAGGCCAUGACUGAGAAACAGGCUCUGGAAGAGGAAGCCAGGAUUAUGGAGAGAAGAUUGAUUGCAGCAGACAAGCUGAUUUCAGGUCUUGGUUCUGAAAAUAUCAGAUGGAGCAAAGAUUUGGAAGACUUGAAACAAAAGAGAGUCCAGCUCCUUGGUGAUUGUCUUGUCAGCUCAGCUUUCUUAAGUUAUGUCGGCGCCUUCAGCUGGGAAUUCCGUAAUGACCUGGUUUACAAAGACUGGGUCAACGACCUAAAAGAACGCCAAGUUCCCCUGAGUGACCCCUUCAAACUAGAAGAUUUGUUGACCAAUGAUGUAGAAAUCAGCAAGUGGACAUCAGAAGGGUUACCCCCAGAUGAGCUCUCUAUACAGAAUGGUAUUUUGACCAUACGAGCCAGCAGAUUCCCCAUGUGCAUUGACCCACAGCAGCAAGCCCUUAACUGGAUCAAGAAGAAAGAAGAAGCUAAUAACUUGAAGGUCUGUACAUUUAAUGACCCUGACUUCUUAAAACAACUGGAACUGGCAAUCAAAUAUGGCUUCCCAUUCCUGUUUCAAGAUGUGGAUGAGUACAUUGAUCCUGUUAUUGACAAUGUGCUGGAAAAAAAUAUCAAAGGAAAUCAAGGUAGACAGUUUGUCAUGUUGGGUGACAAAGAAGUUGACUAUGAUCCCAAUUUUAGACUUUACCUCAACACCAAGCUGGCAAAUCCAAAAUAUGGACCAAACAUUUUUGGGAAAUCAAUGGUUAUCAAUUACACUGUAACACUAAAGGGACUUGAGGACCAACUUCUCAGUGUCAUUGUCAAGUUUGAAAGAAAAGAAUUAGAGGAGCAAAGAGAAAGAUUAAUCAUGGAAACUAGUGUUAACAAGAAACUCCUGAAAGAUCUGGAAGAUUCUCUUCUAAGAGAAUUGGCUACAUCUCAAGGCAACAUGUUGGACAACGUUGAACUGGUCCAGACACUAGAAGAAACAAAAACUAAGGCUACAGAGGUGUCAGAGAAACUGAAACUAGGGGCAAAAACUGCCAUAGACAUAGAAAAGCUCAGAGACGGAUACCGUCUUGCUGCCAAGCGAGGAGCCAUCCUGUUCUUCGUCCUUGCUGAGAUGUCCCAGGUCAACUCCAUGUACCAGUAUUCACUGGCUUCGUACCUGGAGGUGUUUGGGCACUCACUCAAGAAAAGCUUGCCCGAUUCCAUUCUUAGCAAAAGGUUGCGCAACAUCAUGGACACACUUACCCAUAAUAUUUACAACUACGGUUGUACAGGUAUAUUUGAGAAGCACAAGCUCCUUUUCUCCUUCCAAAUCAACAUCAAGUUGGAGCAAGACAAGCAAGCUGUUACUCAAGAGGAACUGGACUUCUUCAUCAAGGGCAAAGUAGCACUUGAAAAAAGCAAGCGCAAAAAACCAUUCCCAUGGUUCCCCGACGAGGGAUGGGAAGACUGUAAUCGUUUGGCAACUGACUUUCCUGUUUUUUCUUCUUUACUGGAAGAUAUUGAACACAAUGAAAAAGCCUGGAAAAAGUGGUUUGACCACGACACUCCAGAAUCUCAGCAGUUCCCCAUGAACUACGAUGAAAAACUGAGUGAAUUCCAGCGUCUUAUGCUGGUCCGCUGUUUCCGUAUUGACAGGAUCUACAGAGCGGUGACCGAGUACGUGACCAAAACCAUGGGUGAGAAAUACGUCACCCCGCCGAUCAUCAGUUUUGAGACUGUUUACGAGCAGAGCACUCCGAUGUCUCCGAUAGUUUUUAUACUGAGCCCAGGCUCUGAUCCCGCAAGCGAUCUCAUGAAACUGGCUGACCGGAUUGAAUUUGGCAGCAAUAAACUCAAAUUUUUGUCCAUGGGUCAAGGUCAAGAAAAGCUAGCUCUUCAGCUCCUGGAGACUGCAAUCUCCCGUGGCCAAUGGCUCAUGCUACAGAACUGCCAUCUGCUUGUUAGAUGGCUGAGAGAGCUGGACAAGCAGCUGGAAAAGAUGACCAAACCCCACCCAGACUUCCGUUUGUGGUUGACCACAGAACCCACACCAUCUUUCCCCAUCAGCAUAUUACAACGCUCUCUUAAGGUUGUGACUGAGCCGCCCAAUGGCCUGAAGUUGAACAUGCGCAGCACCUAUCACAAGAUCCCAGCAUCCUCUCUGGCUGAGUGUGAACACCCAGCCUUCUCAUCACUAGUUUUCACCUUAGCAUUUUUCCAUGCUGUUGUUCAAGAAAGAAGAAAGUAUGGCAAGAUUGGCUGGAAUGUCAGCUAUGACUUCAAUGAAAGUGAUUUCAGAGUCUGUAUGCAAAUCUUGAACACUUACUUGACCAAAGCUGUUGAAAACUCUGAGACUAAAAUACCCUGGAACAGCUUGAAAUAUUUGAUAGGAGAGGUGAUGUACGGAGGUCGAGCCAUUGAUGACUUUGACCGACGUAUCUUGAGGACAUACAUGGAUGAGUACAUGGGAGAUUUCAUCUUUGACACUUUCCAGCCUUUCCACUUCUACCACGAUGAAGUUGUGGACUACCACAUCCCAGCAGAUGGCCCCAGGGAUGUGUAUGUGGAUUACAUUGAAAGCCUACCACUGGCAAAUACUCCAGAAGUGUUUGGUCUCCACCCUAAUGCAGAGAUUGGCUACUACACCCAAGCUGCCAGAGACAUGUGGAACCAUUUGGUGGAGUUGCAGCCUCAAACUGGUGACUCAUCCAGUGGAAUAAGCAGGGAGGAAUUCAUUGAUCAAAUCGCACAGGAUGUGUUGAAUAAAUUACCAGCAGAGUUUGAUUUGGAUAAGAUCAGGAAAAAUCUGGGCAUAGACAUCAGCCCAACCACUGUUGUCCUACUUCAGGAGCUGGAGAGGUUUAAUCUUCUCAUUGGUCGGAUGAGGCGAUCACUUGUCACUUUAAAAAGGGCACUUGCUGGAGAGGUAGGCAUGUCCAGUGAAUUGGACGAUGUUGCUCGGUCAAUGUUCAAUGGUCAAAUUCCUGUCAUCUGGAGACGUCUAGCUCCUGAUACCUUAAAGUCCCUUGGCAACUGGAUGUUACAUUUUGAGAGGAGGUUCAAACAAUACAACAGCUGGGUCAACGAAGCAGAACCCCCAGUGAUGUGGCUGUCUGGCCUGCAUAUCCCCGAGUCGUAUCUCACAGCCUUGGUGCAGGCUACAUGCCGUAAAAAUGGCUGGCCACUGGACAAGUCUACGCUGUACACAGCGGUCACUCAAUACAACUCUGCUGAUGAUGUCACUGAGAGGACAACAUCAGGAUGUUUUGUGUCCGGGCUGUACCUACAAGGAGCAGGCUGGGAACAACAGCUGGUGCCACAGAAACCAAAACAGUUAAUCCAAGAACUUCCUGUCCUCAAGAUCAUUCCCAUUGAAGCUCACAGGCUGAAACUUCAGAACACAUUCAGGACACCUGUAUACACCACCUCACAGAGACGAAAUGCAAUGGGCGUUGGUCUUGUGUUUGAAGCUGACCUGGCCACCCAGGAGCAUAUUUCACAUUGGGUCUUACAGGGAGUCUGUCUCAUCCUCAACACUGAUUAACUCAAGAAUAUAUUUCACAUUGUGUUUCAUCCUCAACACUGAUUAACUCAAGAAUAUAUUUCACAUUGUGUCUCAUCCUCAACACUGAUUAACUCAAGAAUAUAUUUCACAUUGUGUUUCAUCCUCAACACUGAUUAACUUAAGAAUAUAUUUCACAUUGUGUCUCAUCCUCAACACUGAUUAACUUAAGAAUAUAUUCCACAUUGUGUUUCAUCCUCAACACUGGUCAGAUCAAAUUAAAAAAAAAUUUCAGUACCACACUUGUAAAUCAUAGACUGCAAUAGAUUAACAAUGUGGAAAUCUACUUGUUUUAAAUAACUUAAUACAUCAAAUGUCUUUAACAAAUAAAAUUUACAACUAGUAUUAUUUUAUGAAUUACAUUGAAAUGUUUAUAAAAGUAUUGGUAAAUGUUUCAUAAGAAUGUUUAGAAAAUGGCCUAAAUUAUUAUGUAUUAUUUAUGAAAACUGCUGUGGAUAUGUAUGUUUUAAAGUGUUAUAUUGUACUUAAUGAUAGUCAUGCUGUUCAAUGGAAUGUCAUUAUUUCUUGUUGUAAUUAUGUAACACUAACAGUAAUUUUUAAAUUUAUUUAGUAUGAAAUAUUUUAUAAUGAUCAUUUACUAUUGAUAUAUUAAAUUUUACAUGGCAAAAGAUUGUACU